CUAUUCUCGCAGCUGCAGCUUUUCUUUCAACCGACUAGCACUGGCUUUAACAAAGCAAUCCUGGACCUGGAGCCAAACUUUCAAUUACACACUCACUCACUCUAAUGCUUCAUCCACUUCCCAAAGCCACAAGGCUAAUACCCCUUCAACUCCAACAACUCACACUCCCUCUCUUAAACCCACAAGCACAAACACAAACACAAACACAAACAACAACUAUCACUCUCCCAAAUAACCCUCCUCUAAACCAACACAGCCGCAGCAGCAGCUUUGAACAAAAGUACAGGCAAAUCUGCAACCUCCUCCUCUCCUUAACACACUCCAAGUCCCUCCAAAAGGGUCUCCAACUCCAUGCCCACAUCAUCAAAUCAGGCCUUCAAACCAUCCCUCUCAUUUCCAAUCACCUCAUCAACUUCUAUUCCAAGUCCCAACUACCCCUUUUUUCCCGCCAAAUUUUCGACGAAGCCCCUCGUAAGUCCUCCACCAAUUGGAGCUCUGUUAUCUCCUCUUUUGCCCAGAAUGAGCUUCCUUUACUUGCCCUCCACUUCUUUCGUCAAAUGCUCCAAUCCGGGGCUCUUCCCGACGACCAUAUAUUCCCUAGUGCCACUAAGUCUUGUGCCAUUUUGUCUAUGUGUGAUGUUGGGCGGUCUAUACAUUGCCUUGCUGUGAAGACUGGGUAUGAAUUUGAUGUCUUUGUGGGGAGUUCUACGGUGGAUAUGUAUGCCAAAUGUGGCAAGAUUAAGUCUGCACGGAAACUGUUUGAUGAAAUGCCUGAGAAGAAUGUGGUUUGUUGGAGUGGGAUGAUAUAUGGGUAUGCUCAAUUGGGUGAAGAUGAGGAGGCUCUGAAGUUAUUUAAGCAAGCCUUGUUUGAUGAUUUGGAUGUUAAUGAUUUUACAUUUUCAAGUGUUAUACGUGUUUGUGGCAAUUCAACUUUACUAGAAUUGGGGAAGCAAAUUCACGGGUUGUGCUUCAAGACGAGCUUUGAUUCGUCAAGCUUCGUGGGUAGUUCUUUGGUUUCGCUGUACUCAAAGUGUGGAGUCAUCGAGGGAGCUUAUCGGGUUUUUAAUGAUAUACCAGUCAGGAAUCUUGGUAUGUGGAAUGCAAUGCUGAUAGCUUGUGCCCAGCAUGCGCACACAGAUAGAGCUUUUGAGCUGUUUAAAGAGAUGAAAGGUGCAGGAAUGAAGCCAAAUUUCAUUACUUUUUUAUGUGUCCUAUAUGCUUGUAGCCACACAGGUUUAGUUGAAAAGGGGCGAUAUUACUUCGAGCGAAUGAAAGAGUAUGGGAUUGAGCCAGGUGAUCAACAUUAUGCUUCCGUGGUGGACUUGCUUGGGCGUGCUGGUAAAUUGCAGGAUGCGAUUUCAAUCAUUAAGGAAAUGCCUAUGGAACCAACAGAAUCAGUGUGGGGAGCUUUAUUGACUGGGUGUAGAAUUCAUGGGGAUACUGAAUUGGCUGCCUUUGCUGCUGAUAAAGUCUAUGAGUUGGGUCCUGUGAGCCCAGGCAUUCAUGUGUUACUGUCUAAUGCUUACGCCGCUGCUGGAAGAUGGGAUGAAGCAGCAAAAGCUCGGAAGAUGCUAAGGGACCGGGGGAUGAAGAAGGAAACAGGUUUGAGCUGGGUUGAGGAGGGAAAUAGAGUCCACACAUUUGCUUCUGGGGAUAGAUGUCACGCAAAAACAAAAGAAAUCUAUCAGAAGUUGGAAGAACUAGGGGAGGAAAUGGAGAGAGCUGGUUAUGUUGCAGACACAAGUUUUGUACUUAGAGAAGUUGAUGGUGAAGAGAAAAAUCAGACAAUUAGAUAUCACAGUGAAAGACUAGCCAUUGCAUUUGGGCUCAUUACCUUUCCACCUGAGAGACCAAUCAGGGUUAUGAAAAACUUGCGUGUUUGUGGUGAUUGUCACACUGCAAUCAAGUUUAUGUCGAAGUGCUCUAGAAGGGUAAUCAUUGUGAGGGAUAAUAAGCGGUUCCAUCGAUUUGAGGGUGGGAAAUGCUCGUGUGGAGACUAUUGGUGAUUAUUUCUGUGUAAAAUUUCACAAGCAAAUGAUUAAAGGAAAAGAAGAAUGCUUCAUUGCAUUUCCAAUUAUUCCAUACACUGAAAUGCUUGUAGGGAAUUUUAGCCGAAU